GCAUGUGGUAGAUAAUUGGAUAAUAUAUAUAACAGAAAAAAUGAGACCGAAUCAGUUUGUGGGGCACACUUUGCAAUCACAUGGAGCAAAGCUUGCGAGAGUGCAUAUGCACGAUUGGCUGAUUCUGCUACUUCUUGCUGUAAUUGAUGGCUGCCUCAAUCUCAUUGAACCCUUUCACCGUUACGUCAGCUCUGAUUUGAUGACCGAUCUCAAAUACCCCUUCAAAAUGCAAGACACCGUUCCUAUGUGGGCUGUCCCGAUAUAUGCAGUGAUCCUCCCCUGUAUCAUAUUUAUGAUAUAUUACCUCUACAAAAGGGAUGUUUAUGACUUACACCAUGCUAUACUCGGUCUGGCGUACUCUGUUCUGGUAACAGCUGUCAUUACUGAUUCGAUAAAAGACGCUGUUGGACGACCCAGACCAAACUUCUACUACAGAUGCUUCCCUGAUGGUGUCGCGGUUUUCGAUCCUAUGAAUGGGGAUGUCUUGUGUACUGGAGAUGCAAAGAUUAUUAAAGAAGGAUAUAAAAGCUUUCCUAGUGGUCACUCUGCAUGGUCGUUUGCAGGGUUGGGUUUUCUUGCGUGGUACUUGUGUGGGAAGAUUAAAGUGUUUGAUAAAAGAGGGCACGCGGCAAAACUUUGCAUUGUUGUGCUACCGUAUCUGUUUGCUGCUUUAGUAGCAAUUUCUCGUGUGGACGAUUAUUGGCAUCAUUGGACUGAUGUGUUUGCUGGAUCCAUCUUAGGCUGCGUGGUUUCUUCGGUUUGCUACCUCCAAUUCUUCCCAUUGCCACAUUACAUUAACGGUUGGGCAACUCAUGCAUUUAACAGAAUAGUUGAAGAAAACGGUUUUCAUACAGAAAUGGAAACCGCUCACUUACGGAAUGAACAACUCGGACCCACUGCAACGGAUGGAACGUCGGACUUGGACAUUUUGGAGAAUGGCAGGAGAAAGUGA